GAGGCCCUUGUCAUCAUGGCCAGGGUGGAGAACACCCAGAAGGAGCGGGACCAGUUCAAGCUGAUGGCUGAUCAGCUGAGAGAGAGAUACCAGACUCUCAGGAAGAGAUAUGAAGAAAAGGAGAGAAGGGAUGCAUCUGUUUUCCCCCACCAGCCCAAAUCUCCCACCCGAGCACAACAAGACUCACUGGACCCGAAACAGUUCAGUGACACCAGGAGCAAGAGUCUAGCCCAGCUGCUGAGUGAGGCUCGUACACAGAACAAGAGACUGCAAGCUGAGGAAAAGGACCUGACACAGAAACUUACAGAGGCACAGGGGGACAUCAAGAUGUUACGGGAAAGUCUGGCCAGGAUGAGAGUUGGAGAUGAAGGAGUUGGGAACAGACACUUCCCUAAACACGAGCGAGAAGACCUGGUCAAGCAACUCGAGGAAGCACGAGAAAGGACUGAACAGUUGGAGAGAGAUGUGCAGGCCCUGUCUGAUGAGAAAGAGGAGAUGUCUUCGGAGAGGAACUUUCACCGCGACCGGGCGGAGAGGCUGAACGAGGAGCUGAACUACAUCCUCCGCGGGGAUGAGAAGAGGAUUGUUGACAUCGACGCUCUCAGGAUGGAAAACAAAUACCUACAGGAGAGAGUCAAACAGACCCAAGAAGAGAAGAGCCUGCUACAGACAACUAUUGGCAAGUACAAACAAGCCCUGGACAGAAGGAAAGGGAAAGGUAUUCUGAAAAUUGGAGCCAACAGAACAGGGGGAGUUGUGGUGUCACAGAAGCAAGUCCAGCAGCUGUUAGACGGCAGGUUGGGAAGUAUCCCAGCAACCCCCUCUUCAGUAGCUGACCUGCAGUCCCUGGCAGCAUCGCUGGUGGAAACCAUCAACGACAAGAACAUGGCUCUGCAACAUCAGAGGAGCACUAACAAAAUUCUAGGUAACAGGGUUAAUGAAUUGGAGAAGAAGUUGAAGACAUUAGAAGUGUCAGGACUGUGGAGUCUACCAGGCUUUGUGCGUUUUAUGGUGCAAGGUAGAGAAACAGGAGACAAGGCCCAGAUGGGACAAGGGCUGGAGGCACUGGUCCCCAAGAAAGUCACUCCCCCCUCCAGGGUCAACCCCUUCAACUUCCCCCUGGACCAGGGAGCCUGUGCCCCUCCCCCAGGGGAGAGACAGUCCCCUGUGGGAAGUGCUGCCGAACCAAAGGAAAACGGUGCUAGCAAUGACCAUGCACAGGGCGACACAGGUACAAUCUCCCCACCCCCUGAACCUCUCACCCCACCCCUGGGGGACCUCCUGUCCCCACAAGACAGCCUGUCGUCAUCGGAGACCUGCUCAGUUGCUAACGUGUCCCGAUUGGUGGAGGCACUGAUAUGUGAUGGCCAAUCACCCGAGAGACCGCUGAGCCUACAUUUGCGAGACCGGGCCAUGAGUUCACCAGAGUACUCUCAUAGAAGACGCUACAGCUCAGGUGAUCUGAUCCUGUUGGAAGACCUGGUCUCACCAACCAUCAGUGAACAGUCCUUUGGAGAGAGGGACAGGGUCAGCGUCAGCGAGGAUCCCCCCAGCUGUGUGUCAGACGAGGUCAGCAGCAUGUCAGAGGUCACAGGUCAGCAUCAGGUCAUGACCUCAGAAGAACCAGAAACCACCCACACAGGUGCAACAUCAGAUGAUGAAGAGAGCCUUGAGGUCAGAGGUCAAGAGGAAGGUGCAAGGGUGCCGCAUGUUUCAGAAGGGGCAGAUGAAGUGUCUGCUUUGGAUCAAAGUGGUGCAGACGAGGAGUCCAGCCCUCUGCUUGGAGCAACAGCACUGCCUGAGGGAGAGGGCCCCCAGGAUGCACAGCAUCUGGCAGGAGAUGCAAUACAGGCUGGAGAGUUAGAGGGCGCUGUGGAGAAAGCUACCAACAAACUUGUGUACAGGCAUGAGGCAGAGGAAGGACAGUCUUCCCCUGUUAGAGGAGACACAGAACCGUUGUUGCCAAAGUAGCAACAAAGGUUUUGCUACUCCUCCCUAAAACUGUACUACCCAACUAGUGACAGGGCUUUCUGUAAGGACCAUCAGAUAGUUAGAUGACCACUUUUAUCAGGUAUACAUGUAUGUUGUAACCAAAAAGUUGACUACAUGUACUUCAAAAUGCUACAUGUAUUCCUAGUGGCCAUGUGUUAGUUCUAGCAAAAGCAAUUCCUUUGGCAGAUUCUGCAUGUGAUAUAUGCUAUAGUGGAGCUGGUAUAUAAUAGACAUACUUUACAUAUGUAAUAGACAUAGAAAAUGCUGAAUAGAGCCUCAUUGGUUUGUCUCAUGGUGACCCAAUAUCUUACCAUUGAAAUUUGGUAAGCAUUGAUCUUUUGAAUAGUCUUCUUUAGUCUGAGCUUUAUCUCAUUACUUACCAGUUUACCACUAUUUAAUCUUCUCUUGGUUGAUUAUGGGUUUAUCCUGUUAGAAAUAGAAGGCUAAACUGUCCCUUUUCUAACUACUAGUAUGCUCUUUGAAAAGACAUUUACCUCUUCUCAAGAGGACAAUAGCACAUGUAUAUAGAAAGUAGUAACUGUUACUAUAGCUAGUAUUAAUCUUGCCCUUUGCUGCUACCUCUUAGUGUAUCAGCUGUUUGAAGAGGGUAGUCCAUUUGGAGACAAGGAAAACAUUGGUAGUUUCUUUCAGGAUAAACCAUGGGGUACAGAUAGUAAAAACUACAACAACUAUGUCAGAUAUGCAAAUAUUACUGCAGAAGAUUUAUGUGUGCCAUGUGUUUUAACUAUAUUUAGAAUGAAAAUGUAAGCAUUAGGCUCAUUAAAUCAUGUGUCAUUAGAAUAGUACUGUAAACGGUCCAUGAGGAAAAAAAAGAGACAUAACGUUAAACAUGGUGGUAGUAUAUCUAGCAUGCAUGUACAUACUACUUCGUGUCUGUAGCAUUUUGCUGAAGAUGGUAUCUUUUUGGUUUGGAUAUUUGAGAUGUCAGAACAUAUGGUUACUCAAGUACUUUUUCUUGCAAGCUUUAGCUGUUACUUCUCUAUAGAACUGUUGGUUGAAGGGAAACAGUUGAAUGGAAAAAGAAUAGAGUCUGCCUGGGCUAAAUUCUUGCCAAAUUCAAAGUUCAGUAUUAAAAUCUGAUGUGCCAAGGCAACAGAGGUGAUUGAACCUGUUGGUAACAGCAAAACCCUUUUGCAACUUCUAAUUCUGUGCAAUUGAAACACAAACACACCUCUUGCUGUUUGUACACUUUAUUUCAGAUUGAGUAAGAAUGGUUCAAAGCAAAUUAUCAUUUCCAGUGCUAGAUUGUCUAUUGUUGCAUUUAUAUCCUAGAAUGUUGUACUGCCAACAUAUUGUGAGCUGUAGUAUUCUUCUAGUAUUUCAUCAAUUAGAUAUGUUAAGACGCACAACUACCACAGAAUGGUCAUUGGAAAUUCACAAAUGGCUUCUUCAAUAUAUGGUUUAGGUAAUAGGGAAUCAUUGUAAAGUAUUGACUAAUGUGGUAAAAUAAUUGGGCAAUGUUAUUUUUUUAACAGUAAGUUUAUUUACAUGUAUGGUGGGUGUUAAUUGCUCAUUGUGGUAAAUCUAUAGGUUGUGCUGAAGGUUGUUCAAUGAAGUCAUGAUAAUGUUACCAAACUCUAAGGGAGUCUCAAACAGCAUGAUGCAAAGAAUGGCUGGCACCCUAAACACAUAAUAAGGUAACUUCUGUCUCAUGCAUGCUUUCCAUGCACAUGACGUCAUGUCCUCUGUCAAAAUUGGUGUACUGAGGCACUGUUCUUCCUAGACUUUCCCAUCAGUGAUAAUAAUAGUACGUAUAGUAAGUAAAAUAAUUAGUAGUCAGUUAUGGUUAAAGUUAAACAUUAUCAGGAAAUGAAACUUUGCUACUGUUGAUAUUAGUAAUGAAGCCUAUCAGUCAUUGCUAAUGGCAAAUAUGAAGAGUGACAAAUGAUAAUUAGCAAUAGGGCACUGGGUAAGUGCAUUGACAAUCUAUUAUAUAUUCUAGAUAUUUUAGGUGGUCUUUGAAAUGUUUCCUUCCACUAUUCAGAGGAACAGCUUGCAAUAUAAUUAUAUAGACCUGUGCAAUUCUUACUUUGCUGUCUGAUAGCUUGUAUUGUUGUAUAUUUUCUAAAUCUAUAGAAUAUAUUCCAGAGAGGUUUGUGUGCUCAGCACUGAAUUGUAAUAAUACUUAUUUCUUGAAAUAUAUAAACUGGAUUUUACUUGAUUUUCUGUACUGCAAUAUAUGAUUUAUGCUGUAAAAAGUUGUUCCAUAUUUUUAUCAGUGAUGUCUUACAUUGAUGAUCAAUGUAUAAGGGUUGUGAAUAUCUACAUCUCAAAUGAAUUGUGCAAACAAUGUACUUAAGUAGGUAAUGUAGAAAUUGGGUCUGAUAAUUGGAUGAUAUUGCAAUGUCAUAUAUGAUGUCACAUUGGUAGAAAUCUAACUUUGCUCCAUCAUUUACAAAGGUGAAGUUUACAAGAAUAUGAAAAGUGGAUGUCUUAAAUAAGUGGGAUAAAAUGAAGUAAUCUUAGAUGAAACUUUAGAUUACAUAUUGUAUAAUUGUAUAAGUUUCAUGUAGAUGGUGUUAAUGGGGCACUGAUGGCAAUGUUAAAGAAGAUGAUAAUAUGAUUAAAGCUACCAGAUGGCCUAGCUGCAUCUUCUAGUGUUAUUUAAGCUGUUUCCUUUGCUUUCGCCUUUCGUUCCCUUGAUAGGUCAUAUAUGUUGUGAAACACAAGGCAAACACUGAAUAGCUUCUUCAGAUUGGCUAUUGUUAUGAAGAUAAUUUUUUUUCAACACAAUCACUAACUUCUCCUUAAUGUUUUGGCACCUUGUCAGCUG